AUAGAAUAUUGUACUGCGGUAUUGAAACAAGGAUUCUUUUCUUGAAAUACACACAGGCAUACAGGUUGGAUAGCAAUAAUUGAUUUGGUGAGUUGCACAGUUUCCCGACCGUGCACUGCAUUUACGGUUGGGGAAAACUGAUUAUCUUCUGUGAAGCAUUUGUGGAGCUGCGUAUUGUCUUGCGGAAGCUGGUUUGGGAUGCUGUCGGAAUAGAUAUCGAACUCAUCCCAUACUAGGCAACUGAUCCAACAGCAGUGUUUGCGCUCUAUGGUCUGCCUGCCUGCCUGCCUGACUCCUCAAAAACAGGUGCAUAUAGUCUAUAAAUCAUUUGUGGGAAAAUAUUUGCGCGUUGUAUUUCAGGGUCAAAGGAACACACGGUGGCAAUUAUUGGAUAGUGUGAUUGUCUGAAGUGGUGCUGCGACGAGAGACCUUCAACAUGAAUACAGGUAAUGAGUCUCACCUGUCAGAUUCAGAUGUGUGGCAGUCAUACAGCGCCACGGAGAGCCUGAGGAACGGCGACGUCACCACUUCCUCCCUGGCCGCCAAAGGCUUCAGGAGCGUCAGGCCCAAUCUACAGGACAAGAGGUCUCCCACACCAAACUACAUGGCAGUGAAUGGGAAUGGCGGGAUCACGGGCAGCUCCUACAGUCACCUCCAGAGGCCCUUCUCCCCCAUGUCCUACCCCCCUCCUCCCCCACUCAGCCCCAGCCUUGGCCACUUAACACAGGCCAGGAGUGCAGAGGUCCGCUCCCCAGGCUACCCCCGUAUGAGCCGCCCGCCCCCCGCCACCCCAGCAGAGGAGGAGUACCAGGAGGUACCAGGAGCCCCAAGGGGAGGCGAGGGGGGGAAAGCCCCUCACCACGCAGGCAUCGGCCCUGUGGAUGAGUCUGGCAUCCCCAUCGCCAUCAGAACGACCGUGGACAGACCAAAGGACUGGUAUAAGUCCAUGUUCAAGCAGAUUCACGUGGUACACAAACCAGAAAAUGAAAAUAUGGACCCAUAUAAUACCACCCACACAGUAAUGAAUACCGAUAGCCAUCAUCGCUCAGCCCCAGACUAUCGGCCAGCCAAGUCAUUGCAGACCCAUGCUCCGCCCCAGACCCACACGUACCGGCCAAUGACCAAGAGUGUGUCUGACAACGGCACGUGCAAUGUCUUCAGGAACACAAAUUCCUUAACCUCGCCCUCACCCAUGCCCCCCACACCCCCUCCCAUACUCUCAUCGGCACAUGUUCGAGAAAGGGAGCGCGAGAGGGACAGAGGCACAAUAGACAGAGGCACGGUAGACAAAAACCAAUAUGGACCCCCUGACAGAAAGGUGGACACCAGGAAAUAUCGUGCAGAACCUCGGAGCAUCUUCGACUAUGAACCUGGGAAAUCCUCAAUUUUGGAGCAGGAGAGACAGAGUUCACUCCAACAGGCCUCUGCAGACAGGAACACAGACAGGCCGGCAAGUGUCCACAGCUCAACCAGUGACUACAGGAAGAGGAGGAAGUCUGAGGUAGCAGCCCAGCAGCCCAGACCAGCCAGCACCCUGACCACAAGCCAGAGUACAUCCAGCAGCCUGUCAGGGCCCAAUAGCACCACCAGCCACAACCCAGUCUCCUGGCCUGUAAAAUCUCCCCGUAGCAGCAGUUACAGCAGCGGCCUCAACUCCUCAGGACGGCCCUCUGAACCCCCACGUAGCAGCAGUUACAGCAGUGGCCUACGCAAGCCUGUGGCAAGCUCCUCCCCUGCCUCCCCCUCCAGAGCCAAAGACCAGGAACCCGCCAGGGGCCACUCUUACGCUGAUGGGGGCCGCCACACCCCCCAGAUCAGGAUGCCAACCCCUGAAGUCAGAGAGCCAGCCAGAGCUGUAUAUGACUUCAAGGCACAGACAAUGAAGGAGCUGACAUUCAGGAAGGGGGAGACGGUGUACAUCAUCAGGCAGAUUGACAACAACUGGUAUGAAGGAGAGCACCGUGGACUGCUGGGGAUCUUCCCCAUCUCCUAUGUGGAGAAAAUCCCUGUCUCUAAGAGGCAGCAGCCAGCCAGACCUCCCCCGCCAGCCCAGGUCAGAGAGAUUGGUGAAGCAGUGGCUCGCUACAACUUUAAUGCUGACACCAACGUGGAGCUCUCACUGAGAAAGGGUGAGAGGGUGAUUCUGCUGAGCCAGGUGGACCAGAACUGGUAUGAAGGGAAGAUCCCAGGGAGCAACAAGCAGGGCAUCUUCCCUGUGUCCUACGUAGAUGUAGUGGUCAAGAAGUCCCCCACUGCCAAGAACCCCGCCCACCACUACCUAGAACCCUCUUCUUUACCCCAGAGCCUAUCCGCUGACAGGAUUCACCCUGUGGGUUCGGCCCAGCGGCCAUUGUUUACCCAAGAUGCCCUGAAUUGUGGUGGAGAGGCGUUCCAGGUCCUGUAUAACUAUGCUCCACGUAAUGAGGAUGAGUUGGAGCUCAAGGAAGGGGACGUUGUUGAUGUGAUGGAGAGGUGUGACGACGGCUGGUUUGUAGGCACAUCCAGAAGAAGCACGUUUUUUGGAACCUUUCCUGGAAACUACGUGAAGCGGCUAUAACCUUUUCAUACAGAAUUCUCAUGAUGUCCAGCAAAACUGCAGUGGUUGUAUAACUCAGUGGGUGAAUAACCAAUAUAUUCAGACGGCACAAAAACGUUACAUUCAUCUAUGACUAGUUAUUUUCAUUAAAAAAAACUUUUCCAGGAGUGACAAUGCAUUUACUAAUUUGAUGAAUGGGAGAAGAUAUGAACCCAGUGGCCUUGAAGGAAUAUAUUUCAUGUUUGAUUUAAGGGUAUUCUACUCUACUAACUGUGAUGAUGUCUCAGUUAUACAAUGGAUGCAACAAAUAAGGUUGAAAGCAGAUUUGGUCAUAAACAAAUGUUAGUUAUUCGUGCGUAAUGAGAGUUAUUUACAGUGAAGGGAUGCCUUAUAGACUAAUGGGUUUCACAAUAAUGAAGUAACCAAGUGCCCUAUUUACCACGUAUUUAUUUAUACAUAAAUAUAUAUUUUUCUUGUUCUGGAAGUACUCUAUAAUUGAUUAUGCUAAUUUACAUUAGGAGAGUGUAUUAUUAACCUUUUUGGAGAGGGGUUGUCCUCUUGCUUCGUGCACAGGACCUGAGCUUGGAUCUGCACAGGCAGGCAAAAAGAGAUGACAGUGUUGUUGUGUUAGUUUUAUACAGGCAAUUAGGGUUCCUCCUAAAUGCAUCCGUUAGCACAUGGCUUUGGACAGACACAUAGUUAAUGUAUUCAGGCAGUUACCUCUGACUGGAGCUAAUGUCUAUUGACUUGUCCGGUUUUGUUUUUCUCUCCUGACAUUCCUAUAAGUAUUAAUAAAAGGAAAGAGAAGACUUUUAUGUAAUUGGACAAUAUAUAUUUUUUAAAAGCAAUGUCUUCUUUUUACAACUAGGGUAGAGUGAUCUGUUAUUUAAGAUUGUUCUUUAAUAUAUGAUCAUUUUACAAUAUUCUUUUUAUUGUGAACUGUCAAAUUAUUUGAAAUUAUUUAAAUAUCUUAGGGACAACUCACCUGCCACAAAUCCUGUAUAAAAGUGUUAAACAUAUUUGAUGUAAUUUAAUUUACUAUCUGGAUGCAUUCAACUGACUCCAAAUCAGCUUUUGAUUUAUGCAAUAACCAUUCUCCCAAAUACCUGCCUUUCUGUUCUAGAACACAGGGCAACAAAAUGACAGAAGGAUUGGAAGUGAUGAUGUUGUUGAUGAUGACAUGUAAUAAAGUCACCAUGUAACUUUGUGUUCACCACUGCCUAAACACUCCAUACCGUAUAGUCUGUCCUGUACAGUGUAUGUCCCUGUGAUUAAAAACCAUCCACUGCCUCGAUCAGUCAUCAGCAUGUAUUUCCAUUUCUUGCAUUAUUUCAGCAAUAGCAGGUAUGCCGGAGAGGGGCAUAACUUUGCAAACUAGCAUUUGGUCAACAUGUGAAGUCAUUGUCUAAGGAAAACCACUAGCAAUAUCAGCAAAAAUGAGAGAAAUAUGAAAUGUAAUUGUAUAUAAUCAGUACAUCAGAAAGUCUGUAGGAAGUAUGUACUGUAAGUAUACACAAACACAGUGAACUAUUGAUAUGGUGAUCAAGGAUCUACAUCAAGGAGGUGUGAGGAAUUUGGACAUGGCGUCAACUAGCUCUGGUCCAGAGCGUUAGUGCGACUUGCUAACACUGGGCCUUGAAUGCUCAGCGUUAGCAAACCACUCAACACCAUGUCUGCAAUACACAGUCACCACCCUUCCAAUACCUGGAGACCACCUUCUCCCCACGGGACACAGGAUGAGGUGUGGAGACACAUUCACCCUCAAUGACAAUAUGUCUGUUUUUUCUUUCUGUAAUAUUGAUUAUCCAAUAAAUUCUGCCUGAAUGUU